AUGAACUUCGACGACGUUUGGACGUGCGAGCAGGCGGAGAUGCUCGCGCCGCCGUCGCCGAUCGUCACGACCGAGCAGCGGCGCCGCGCCCGCGAGCUCGAGCAGCGUCUGCGCAUGGCGGAGCAGGACGAGCGCAUGCGCCUCGAACUCUCCCUCAUCCUCCUCGUGCGCCGCCACUCCCUCGCGUCCGUCGUCCCGCUGCUGCUCCUCCAACUCGACUACUUCGCCUCGUCUCCCCCGGCCGUGAUGAGCUCCGCCUUCUACUUCGCGAGCGGAGGUCGCGCAUCUCAGCGGAGGUUACAGGGAGACGUAGCUCUGAGCUCGCCCCCAUUAUCCUUCCCCGUUCCUGCUCCUCCAUCUCGACCAGUUCGCCUCUUCCCCGGCCAUGAAGAGCUCCGCCUCGCCUUCGUGAGCGGUGGCCGCACAUCUAGCAGAGGUUCUAGGGAGACACAGUGGAGGACCACAUUUGAUGAACGAGGUCAACAAGCCAAGUGGAAGCUUCAACUGAUUUUCUCGAUCCGACUUUCGGUCGUCCUUGUGUUUGCCUUCCAGCCAAGGAAGGCAGCGUGAAAGGAGGUUUAACCAGGCAUUAAUUGCUAUCUGAAUUGGUAAAGGCGAUUGACUUGCAGUUUUUCAUUUUUAGCAACAUGGCGAGGAAGGGAUUAAUGACGCGUUGGAUGGACCAAUUUUCCUCCCACUGCUAGCCCAUGGUGCUCGAUCCAUUUUUAUAUGGGUAUACAUGGUGCUUGAUGAAAAUCCUAGCUAAGAUAACG